CAAAUGGACCCAUAUGACGUCAUAUUUAGUGGCCCGAAACUGCUUCGCGAAACUGUGUCGAAAACAUAACAGCUUUUGUUCUCUUCGAGACAAACUACAGGAAAAUGCCCAAAGUUAAGAGGAGCCGAAAGCCACCCCCAGAUGGCUGGGAACUCAUCGAACCAACGUUGGAUGAACUCGAUCAGAAAAUGAGAGAAGCUGAAACUGACCCUCAUGAGGGAAAGAGGAAGGUGGAAGCUCUUUGGCCGAUUUUCAGGCUGCACCAUCAGCGCAGCCGAUAUAUCUACGAUCUGUUCUUCAAAAGAAAAGCCAUCAGCAGAGAGCUGUAUGAGUACUGCAUAAAGGAAGGCUACGCAGACAAGAACCUCAUUGCCAAGUGGAAGAAGCAGGGCUAUGAGAACCUGUGCUGCCUGCGUUGCAUCCAAACACGAGACACCAACUUCGGAACCAACUGUAUUUGCAGAGUCCCAAAGAGCAAGCUGGAAGUUGGAAGGAUCAUCGAAUGCACGCACUGUGGAUGCAGAGGAUGUUCUGGCUAAGCGUUUUUUUUCUUUUUUUUUUGUGCCAGACAUGGAGACUUCCUCUGCCUCCAACUGUGUUCUCGCACAUCUGCUACCUGCUUCAGUAACAAAUACUUUCUUCAGCAUCAUUCCCAGCAGUCUUUACAGGGAGCUCUGUAUUCUGUACCAGUACAAGAAAGAAUACUUUAAGAGCAUCCUUACUGUGUUCAUUAUUAUUACUCUUUUCUCUGUUUUUAAUGUCCAAAUAAAACCAUUAUCUUCAAUACCUAUUUAGAAGGAAGUUGUCUCCAAAUCAUCUUGUGAAGGUAAUUCAUUCAAUGGUAGCUGGGAACUGAACGUUGUUUUAAAAAUUUCAAUAAAACGAUUCUAAUUCACUAAA